AUGGCACUCACCCCCAGCCCCGGGCCGCAGCAACCGGGGGGCGCAUUUCCAGCCAAGGCCAUGGGUGCCACUGAACUAACCUCCGUGUGCAGGACGCUCGGCAGUCGGGGUCAGGGGAAGGCAGGUGCCCCGCCGCGUGGGUGCAGGCGGGGCUGGGGUGCGGAGAUUCACAGAGUCGUCUUCCAGGAACGGCAGCCAGCUACGGUAAGUCGACCCCGGCCCAGGCGCGCAGGACCUGUUGGGCUUCCUCACGGUCUCCAUGCCGUGUGCCCAGGGGACUGGGAGCCGCUGGGCUGGAGCCGUGGGGCCUCCACCCCCCGUGACGAUGCAGGAGAACUAACCACCUCCUUGGGAAUCAGGCACCCCAGGAACAGCAAGAUUUGCAGCGACAAGACGCCCAUCGACGUACAAGCCCUGAAAAAGAAGGUCAGCCGGGUGACGUGCAACCCGGCGGCCCGCGCCAUCCUCAGCAGCCUGCUGCUCUACCUGACCUACCGCGAGGACGCGCCCCCGGGGCCUCCUGCCGCCCGGAGGGCGAGCCGGGCCCCGGAGCCCCAGGAUGCCCAGCGGCGGCCCACGCGCUUCCAGCUGCUCCAGGCCAGGUUCAUGGGCAGCGGCCGCGAGCCCCGCCUCAAGAAGACCCGAGAGGUGGGGCGGCUGAUCUUCAAGGACAAGCAGGGCCCUGGCCGGAGCCUGGUGGCGGCCACCAUCCACAAGCUACUGGAGAAGGCCGGGGAGGCGGCCGGCCGCCCGGCCCCCGGCAGGGAGCUGCCGGGCCGCGAGAAGCCGCGGGCCCUCCCGGCUGGGAGGAGCUCUGUGAAGAGCAUCCUGAAGGUGUUCCUGGCCGCGGAGGAGAAGCAGGCCGCAGAGCAGCCUCCCGCGGAGCCGCCCGCAGCCUCCGGGGGGCUCGCCGCGAAGGCGAGAGUGGGCGGCGGGCGCAGCGCGGCUCUGGCCAGGCUGCGGGAGAAGUUCGCGCAGAGCGGCGGCUUGUGCGCGGAGGCCGGCCUCCUGCCGCGGCGCGCGGAGGAGCGCGCGAAGAAGCGCCCGCCGCGGAGGACGCUGCACCGGCCGGAGCCGCGCGUGCUGCGCAUGGCCACCCUGGCCAGCAGCUGCCUCCGCGCGCCGCCCACCCGCCUCCUGGCCUGCUCCACCGAGCCCACGCUGCCCUUCAGCGUCGCCACCGUGGUCUGCGGACCCCGGAGCUGGCUGUCCCACGGCACCCGAGUCACCCACACGGGCGUGGGCCGUGCGCCCCAAGGGGAGACGGGCACCUCCCCCGGCGGGGCAGAGACCCCCGGCGGGAGCAGAGAGCCGGCGUGGCGGCCCCCGCAGCCCUCCACGCCCUGGCUUGCAGCUUCCAGGGACGGCCUGGAGACAGAGCUCCCAGGUGUGGGGCCCGAGUGUGUCCCCCAGACAGCCCCCGCUGCAGCCUCCCCUGGGUGCCAAGCCCGUCCUGGCGGCAAGCCUGCGAGCUCUGCGCUGGGCCCAGCCAGCCCAGGUCUUCCCUGGGCUGCUCAGGGGGCCAGGGAAGCAAGUCUGGGACCGCAGCCAGGACUCUCCGGAGGCAGCGCGGGGGUGGGUCCCGAGCUCACCCUGACCGUCUGCAGCUCAGAGGAUGAGAUGGACACAACAAGUGUGGACUGGGUGCCGGAACCCCUCUUCGCCGUCCAAGAGAGUUUCCCAGAAGAAAAGGCGCCGGGACACAUCCCCCAACUGGCCGCGGUCACUGCACCCUCCGCCCAGGCCGUGCGGCGCACACAGCCGGCCAUGGAGCCCCCACAGGUCACCGUCAGACUCCCGGUGGUCCACACGAUGCCGCCCCCUCCCGCCACCCCGCAAAGGGCAUUGGGAGACCAAGGCUGGGGUCCUCUGGGUGGGGUCGGUGUGACUGGAAACCCAGGCACCCCACAUCCCCCCAUGGCUGACAGUGGGAGCUGGGGUGCACCGAUGCUGGAACUGAGCCUGGCCGCCCGGCAGCCAGAGGGCUCAGGGGCGGAGCCGAGGCACACGGCCCCACGGGGUACUGCUGCCCGCCGUCCAGACGUCCCUGCGGCUGUCCCGACAGAGCCACAGAACAGCUCCCUGGGAGGAAAGGACCCCAGACCUGGGCCUGGCGCCUCACACUGGCUCCUGAAGCCCAAGGACGUGCGUGGGGAGGACGUGCGUGGGGAGGACGUGUCCCCCGUGAGUUCUGAGCCGCCUUGGCCGUCAGAACCGCAGGAGCGGCCGGGCGGUGACACCAGUGCCUGGGAGAACCGUCAGAGUGGCCGCGCGGGCCGUGCACCUGGUGGUCAGCAUGUGCCGGCGCCCGCGGCUCCUGGCAGCAGCAGCGGGAUGGGUGUCCCCAAGUGGCCAGUGGCACCGGCUGGGGCUGGGACGAGCCCUGUGGACAGGAGACCCCCGAGUGAGCAGGAAGGACGUGGGGGGCCCCCGCCACCCCUGGAGUCAGCUGGGCGCGUGCUGACAGCUGCAGGGAGCGCCAGCUGUGAUUUUGGUGAGAACAGAGCCUCCUCCGCAAAUGAACAGACGCCGCCCAGUGUCAGAGCCCCCAGGCGGGAGCCCGUGCGUGGGGCCUCCCCGAGUCCCCCAGCCCCGAGCCCCAGAAACGGGGCAGCUGGGCAGCGGGAGGGUGGGGGGGGCUGGGGGGCCCGCAGGCCCGGGUCUCGUGGGCGUCGUGGCCGAGGAGGCUGCUCGCCAGCCCAGCAGCCACAGCUCGGCCUUGGGGUCCCCGCCUGGCCCCCCUCAGGAGGCCCCCGGCACUCCGACCCUGGCCAUCCAGCCCCGCCCGAAGGCUCCGAGUGAACUGGCUGCAGGUGACGUGGCCACAGGCGGAGUGAAGGUGGCAGCAGGAGGCAGAGUCGCAGGCACCGCGCGGCAGAGCCCUUGGGGGGACAGCCCUGAGCCCCCAGCUCCAGUCCCGGGCCUGCCGGCACCACGGGGC